AUGUUAGCAGAAAAGAAAGAUCUUCAAGGAAGGAAGUUAAAACCUUCGCUUCGAUCCUCUCUACUUGAAGCUGCUUGUAGUCUUACAAAUAAGCGUAAAGAUUCCAUUGAGGACAUUGAUGGAGCUGAUGUUGAUAAUGAAUUGGCUAUUAUUGAAUUAAAUACAUUGAUGGAGCUGAUGUUGGAUGAGGGUCGAUUACAUGAUUAUAUGGAUUUGCAGCUAGAUACCAAUGCAAAGAUGAGAUCAAUCCUCGUGGACUGGUUGAUGGAUAGUCCACCGCAAAUUCAACCUUAUGCCAGGGACACUCUAUCUUACAAUGAAUAUUGUUGA